AUGUCCCGCGCCUCCAAGCUCACCCUGCUGGGCACCUCGCUCUUCGCCGCCACGACCAUCGCCAUGGUGCACUUUCAGCAAAAGUUUGAGAAAGACGCCAUGCACGAAGGCGUCGUCCGGGACAUGGAGCAGCAGCGCGUCAAGCGCGAGCGCCAGCUCGACUUUGACAUGCAGCGCGCCCUCGAGGAGGAGUACAAGAAGGGCCAGACGGUGCGCGACUCGACGGGCGAGAUGGACAGCAGUAGUAGUAGCGGCGGCGGCGGCGGCGGCGGCGCAGUGGCGAGGUAG